AUGGAUCCGGUCGGACUAGCACCGCAGACCCUCCAGCACCAUGAACCCAUCAGCUUCGGCAUCGACCAGAUUCUGAGCGGCCCCGAGCCGCCUGGCAGUGGCUGCCUUGGCCCAGGUCCCGGCCGCGUGGGGCAGACGGAGGGUGCACUGUAUACUGGCGGAUACGCUGGGCCCUCGGGCUAUGGCCCCUCAUGCUCAUUGGCCUCUCUUCCGGGGAGUCACGGCGGGGGGGUCGCGGGGGGAGUUAUCCGCGUCCCCGCCCAUCGGCCCCUCCCUGUGCCGCCCCCCACCGGGGGCCCGGCUGCAGCCCCAGGCACCCCCGGGCUAGGCGCUGGAGGCGGCCUAUCAGGCCUUACCUUCCCUUGGAUGGACAGCAGCCGCCGUUUUGCCAAGGACCGGCUCACAGCUGCGCUGUCCCCGUUCUCUGGGGCCCGCCGCGUGGGCCAUCCUUACCAGAACCGGACGCCUCCUAAGCGAAAGAAGCCGCGCACAUCCUUUUCCCGGGCGCAGGUGCUGGAGCUCGAGCGGCGCUUCCUGCGCCAGAAGUACCUGGCCUCUGCCGAGAGAGCGGCGCUGGCCAAAGCCCUGCGCAUGACGGACGCGCAGGUCAAGACGUGGUUCCAGAACCGGCGGACCAAGUGGCGGCGGCAAACUGCCGAAGAGCGGGAGGCCGAGAGGCACCGCGCAGGAAGGCUGCUCCUGCACCUCCAGCAGGACGCCUUGCCUAGGCCGCUGCGGCCGCCACUACCACCCGACCCUCUGUGUCUCCACAACUCCUCACUGUUCGCGCUGCAGAAUCUGCAACCUUGGGCUGAGGACAACAAGGUCGCAUCCGUGUCUGGCCUCGCCUCUGUUGUCUGA